AAAAACCACCGAGGUGUGACCGCAACCCUACGCACGGCUUCAUAUAAAGCUGUGGCGCGAAGGAUAAGUGCAUUUUCCGAGCGUGCGUCCGCGCGUCAGUUACGUGUGUGACCAACAUGGCGGUUGUACUUUUUAUUCUAGCGGCUCUAAGCGCAGUGAGUGCAGCGCCUCCUCAGCGUCUCUACCAACACCCUACACAGCUGCGACAGUUGAACCCCUUGGACUAUUACUUGGAUAAUCCAGAAGAGGCGUACUACCAACAGGACAAACGAGCCAAUGCGUCACCAAACAGCGCUCCGGCAAGAUUGGAGACGUUGGAGCCGGACAGUGAGGUCGAGCUGAUUCCUGGAGCCCAACCGCCGCAGCAGCCUCCUCAACAGACACCCGUUGCUCCAAAUAUACCGGGUUUGAUUCCCGGUCAGAGAGUAUUUAUAGUGCACAUGCCAAUACCUGGAAUUAGGCCUGGGACAGUAGGAGGCUACCAGCCGGUGUACGUCGUGGCAGCAGCACCUCAAGCCAAUGCCGCGUACCCUGGUUACCAAAACGCAGUUCUCGUGAACCCAGCUUAUGGAGGUCAGCCCGCGGUGCCAGCAGGUUACCCCAUGCAAGGAGUUCAGGGCAACCCUAACCUGGUGUUCCGAGCUCCUGCAUACAACGGACCUUAUGGGUUAACGCUGCAAGAACCGGUUAACUAUCAGCAAAUCCCAGCUCAACAGUUCGUUCAGGUGCCACCUAACGCUGUAAACUUUGCUCAGCUCGUGUCUUUGCAGGGACAACAAGCCCAAGAAGCUAGACCAAAAGCAGAGUCUCAAAAUGCUGAACAGAAAAGUGCCAGCCAAGUGACAAUCGACUCCAAAGAAUCAGCAGUGGAGCAAAAUAGAAAUGAGAAAUCUCAAGGACUGACUAGGAACAAAGCUUAGACUUAAUUAUUAUUUAUGUAUUUAUCUAUUUAAUUUGCAAUUAAUAAAUUACAAUUA